AAUAUUGCAGGAACAUUUGGGGACAUCUCCAAUGUCUUUUCAAUUCACUUUUUCAUGCAAAAAGCAAUGAAAAUCAUUUUUAUUCUUCUUCCUGAACAAUUCUACCUCAUCCAGGAAGUUUAAAAAUUCAAAAUUUGCUAAAAUAAUAUUCAAUAUUUGCGGGAAAAGUGAAAAUAGUCGCGGAGAGAGAGCUUUUUGGUCAAGUGUGUGAAGUUGGUGGCGUCACAUUUUGUUGAAAAAUCUUUGGAUGAAUUUAGCAGCACAUCAUUUGAAAAAUCGUUGAAAAAACCAGAGGAAACUGCCACGGAGGAUGAAUGCUCAUGAUGAGGAUCCCUUGGUGGAGGCAGUGGAGGACGUUGAGGAAGAGAUGUAUGAAUGUAGUAGCUGUCAAAUGCACUUCACAUCUGUAAUGGAACACGUCCGGAGGUUCCACAAUGGGCAGAAUGUUGUAAUUGAGAUGGAUGAUGAAGCUGGUGGGGAAACCACCACCAAGAAGGAAGCACCUGAGGAAGAAGCUGAGGUUGAAGUGGAACAACUCGAUGAGGAGGAAAGUACUCAGCAGGAGGAAGCAGAAGCUGCAGAUCCUGAUCCCCCAUCUGUCUACCUCAUAGAAUACUUGUCAGGAAAUACUCCAGCAAAGGAGACCAAGAUUAAAUCAAGCAAAACUGUUGUGCAGCAAAAGCCGGCAAAAUCCCGCAUGACGCUCAAAACACGCGUCGUGAAAACUCCCAAGUUCUGGCAAACUCCUCCGGAUUCAAGGAAGCUCCCCACAUGCGACAAUCCCGAUCCUAUUGCCAAUGAAGACGUCUCCGAGGGUAUAGAAGUGCUGCACAAAUGCAAUGAAUGCAGCACAGUGUUCCCAAAUAACAAAUCCCUUCGACUGCACAUGAAGAUGCACAAACCCAUCCACCAACGUACCAUCGAGGAGGCCAUGCAGAGUGACUUGCGUGGUGUCCGGGAGGCUGAUGCAAAUGAGGAAAAGGCCACAUUUUACUGCAGCACGUGCAAAAAGGAAUACGAUGAAACCUUCAUGGAAGUCCACAUGCGGAUGCACAGCCAAGAGCCCAGCUUCCACUGCGGGAUUUGCAAUAAGAAAUUCGACAAUGAAGAGAGCUUUACGAUGCACUCAAAUGCUCAUCAGGAGCGCACGACGUACGUCAAGGAGAUCCGGAAGAAGGACACUCCGCGGCCGUAUGCGUGCCAGUACUGCCAGAAAACCUUCAUCCGGCCCCAUGAGAAAGUGAAGCACGAGAGGAUUCACACAGGAGAGAAACCUCAUGCGUGUGAGGUGUGCGGGAAGACCUUCAGGGUAGCUUACUGCUUAACACUCCACAUGAGGACACACACCAUGGUUCGGCCGUAUGUUUGCUCCAUUUGUGGACGCAGAUUCAAAGCACAAGCGGUGUACAAUCACCACCUGAAGACGCACAGCGAUGAGCGCAACUACAAAUGCCCGUUUUGUCCGAAAACCUUCAAGACAGCCGUGCAGUUGUCAGGGCACAAGAAUAGCCACACGAAGCCAUUCAGCUGCACUGAAUGCAACCGACCCUUUGCCUCUCUGUACGCCGUCCGGACGCACAUGGAGAUGCAUCGACGCCCCUGCAAUGGGUUGCGGUACAAAUGUGACAUCUGUGGAGCUACAUACGCACGCAAUUCCUCCGUAAAGGAUCACAUCAAGGAGGCGCACAAUAUGGAUCCUCUUGUUGACGAAGGGGAGCUCUUUACGGAAAUUGAUCGCUCAACGGGGGAGCAGGUUGAGCAGGAAGAGGAAGAACCAAAGGCAACAAGAACAAGGAAUGUCGCAAAGACCUCAAAAGAUGAGGUUCAAUUACACGAGGAAACAAUCACAAUGGAUGAUGAUGAAGUCCUUGUUGCUGAGGCUGAAUGGAUAAAUUGAGAAAAAUCAUUGAAAAAAAAUUUUGAAUUUUGUUUAUAUAAUAUUUUCUCUUUUUUUUUCUUUAAUUAAUUCGUAUAAUAAACAAUAUUUUCCCCGCAAAA